CCAUGAACUGUUGAAUGUCCUGGGUGCAAUUUGCACCCAGGACAUACAACAGUUCAUGCACGCAAUAAUUAAUUCAUGCACGCAAUAAUUAAUUCAUGCACGCAAUAAUUAAUUCUGUCUAAUUAUCUCAAAGCAUAAAAACAGAAAUAUUUAAUGUCUAAUACUGUCUAAUUUAUUGCAGAAAUUUAAACAUAAUAACACAAAUAUUUGAAUUUGAAAAUUUUGUUUAUUGAAAAUAUACCUUAAUACAGAGAGCUGAUGAUUACAGGUUGUUGACAGCAGAGGGAUGACUCAAACUCAAAGAAGAAAAUUACAAGAGAAAAUUUAUGAACUCUCAGAAUUUUUGCACUCUCUAAUUUUUUCUGCUCUUGAAACUAACUCUUUUCAGGCUCUCGAAUCCUUGCCAAGCUCUGUUCCAGGAAGAAGCUUUGAAGCCCUAUUUAUAGGUGAGUCUCUGGGUUUUAAAGUUUGAUUUUCCUCCACGUGUAUGGAGAUUGUAAAAGGUAAGUUUCUUUUCUUCAUUUUCAUCACGUUGCCAUUGAGUCACCUUUUUGCUUUUUACUUUUGAGUCAUAGUAAAAGACGAAAUUCACUAUUCAAAAAACACUAUUGACCUUUUUUUUUUUACUUUUCACACCUGCAGACUUUACAUACUUUUUUUUUUUAUUGGAUAAUUACAAAUGUACAAAAAAUUCUUGAUAUCUCUUAAUUGAACAUUUCUAAGAGAUAUUUUUCAAAAGUUCUUCUGGCUUCUUCUUCAAGGACAUAUUCUUUUCUAUACUUAUCGACAAGAUAAGUAAAUUGAGUCUGAAAAAGAAGAGGGACUUCUGGAAGGUAGAUUGAAGAAAUGAUUUUUUGAUUGUUGUUUUCAACAAUGAGAUUAUAGUUAGAAGAACUAUAAAUCUCAGUAUCAAGGUUUCUUGAAAUCAUUCUUGACCUCCAAUGUCUAAUUUGUUUUUUGAGGACAAAUUUAGUACAAGGCCAAGGGCUCUCUGUACCAAACAAUUGAUAUUUUCUUUGAUUGGCUUUGAGAAGGAUGAGGUGUUGAGCAGGGUAAACUCCUCCAUCAUUUGACCAUUCAGGAGGUUUACUUUCUAUGAUGAGUUCAACUGCUUUAAAAUCUCUGAUGAAAGCAUUUAAAACACAAACUGCUAAUUUUCUUCCAAAUCCUUCGGUUUGAUCAGGGUGUGAGAAAAUUAGUUGAUAAAGAACUCCAUAAUCCAUAAGAAGAGAAAGAGUUAGCUCUAUUGACUCAUUUUUGAAUUUAAUGAUUAUUGGUUUGUAACUAUCUAAGUCAAUGUUGGUUUUGCAAAUACUGUAAGUAAGAGCACACUUACAGUCAUGUCUUUCUAAUGGAAUUUCCUUACACAAGGGAUCGAUCUUUGGACAAUUAUUAUAAGUGUUGUCAUAAUAAGAAAUCCAAGUGAAGCUCAUCCCUUGAAUAGUAAUUCCAAAAGUGCUACAGUCAGCAAGGAAUUGCAUAAUAUGCUCUUGCUUUGCUUCCCCUGUAGCUUUAGCCUUUUCGCAGAUCAUCUGUCUAAUGCUUUCAAGAAGGUUCAAAAUUUUCAACUUGAAAAAUGAAAAUUUGGAAAUUUGACAUUCUUGGCUUUCCUGAGAAAGUUUUGAAUCUUCAUUUGGUUUUGAAAGUUCUUUUUGAAAUUCAUUUUGAAAGUUCUCCAAACAGAAGGAGACAAUGUCUUUAGGGAAUCCUGGAAGUCGGAAAGUUCGCUCUCUGUCUCAAUCCCGAUUGGUCUGAUGUAUACUUUGGCAAACAAUUCCGAGAAUAUGAAGAAGCUCAUCCAGAAGAUGCUUCCAUGGGAGAACAUACCAGUGCUACGAACACAGGAGGUUUAUCGCAUGCCUUCAAUUGGCAGCAUCUCUGCCAUACUUGACAGAAGCCACCACCAUCAAGAGCAGGCUGGAAUGAAUGCUGCUGCCUUUCCGUUGAUUGAUCCCUUGAAUGCAUUUUAUUUGUUGAAUCCUAGUGGUGAUCUCAGCAGCUCACAAACUGCAUUUGAAAAAUGGUUUAGAGAUCAAAACAUAGAGGGGCACAGUACACUCCACAAGGUACUCAUCUUUCCUAUCUAUCAGCUGGUUUCCCUGUUAUAGUUGCCAAUCUAUGGGAAGUGACAGACAAGGAUAUUGACCGAUUUGGUAAGGCCAUGCUUGAUGCUUGGUUGAGAGAAAGAUCUCCUUCGGUGGCUUGUGCCCAGUGCCGUUUGGUUGCUGAAUUGAAGUCCAUGAGCAUAACUGGUGGGUCAAGGAAAUGCUAAGAAGAAAAUCCCAAGGAAGAAAUUAUCUAAAGCUUGUAGUAGUGUUGUAUGUGAAGAUUACUGUAACCAUAGAACAAAGAUUGGAUCAUUCAUGAGUCAAGCUCGAGAAGCCUGUACACUCUCUUUUUUUAUUGGGGCAUCACCGGUAUGUUAUGGUGUCCCAACUGGUAUACGGAAAAAGAAAGACUCAUAGCAUAAUUUGUUUAAAAAUUCUUUGCAUCUUGGGGCCUCCCAUUAUAAUAAAUCAAGCAAAAAAGUACAUAGCAGAACUGUAGUCACUAUAAAAUUUAGCAUCCGUAAUCUCCUCUUUUACUUAGGUGUAUAGUAUCCAACGGUUUCCCAUUUACUAAGGUGUACAACCUACCAAAUACAUCUUUCUAUCAUGUUUAUUCAA